UUGUGAGGAUGAGUAGUCCACGCGAGCGGAUGUACAAGGUUGUGAUGGUGGGAGACUCCGUGGUGGGGAAAACCAGCUUCAUCCUCAGGGUCUGCAGGGACGAGUUCAAACCCAACCUCAACCCUACUAUAGGUGUUGACUCUCAGGUAAAGACGUUUGACGUGGACGGAGACAUGGUGGCGCUUCAGAUCUGGGACACGGCGGGGCAGGAAAGGUUUAGAAGUAUCGCUACGUCAUACUUCAGACGGAGCGAUGGCGUCAUCCUACUGUAUGACGUCACGUAUGAAGCGUCAUUUCUCAAUGUUAGAGACUGGAUCACAGCUGUGGAAGACGGUGCAGGAAAGAAGCUUCCCAUCGUGCUGUGCGGCAACAAGACAGACCUGAGACCGACAGCUGAAAAGUACGGAAAGAAAGUCAUAUCUACUGAAGCGGGGAAGAAAUUAGCGAAGGCAGCAGGAGCCAUCUUUUUCGAGACGAGUGCGAAGGAAGGAUCCAACAUUCAAGAAGCAGUCUUAGGACUUGCAAGGUGGGUGAGCCUCAGACAAGAAGAAGACAGAGAAUCCAAAGCUUUAGCCUUACAACUCACCAACCAAGUCGAGCCUGCAGAGAAGCCCAGUCAGUGUUGUUAA